AUUUCCAGCUGUGCUCAUGUUCUUGGUCUCUGUAUAUGAGUUACUAAUCUCAGUCUCUCAUUACAACAAUUCCCCAUUUUUCUCUCUAAUAAUCAUGAAGAAAACAAUGGUGACCAGUUUCCUUCUCAUGAUUAUGGCGACUGUUCUUUCUUCCCCAUCUACUAACGCGAUUGUCCCAGAAAUCAGAUCAACUUACAUAGUGCACAUGGCAAAAUCACAAAUGCCUGCCAUCUUCAACGAUCACACCAAAUGGUAUGGAUCGUCACUCAGAUCUGUCUCAGGAUCCGCCAAGAUUCUCUACACCUACAACAACGUCAUUCAUGGAUUUUCCGCCAGUUUGACGGAAAACGAGGCCCUGCAACUCCAAAAUCACCCCGGAAUUCUAACUGUCUUGCCGGAGAUGAAGUAUCAGUUGCACACCACUCGUACGCCGGAGUUUCUGGGUCUCGAUAAAAACGCCGAUUUAUUCCCCGAAUCGGAUUCCGAGAGUGAAGUUGUCAUCGGAGUUCUCGAUACAGGAAUCUGGCCGGAGAGUAAGAGUUUCGACGAUACCGGAAUGAAUCCAGUUCCGACUUCAUGGAAAGGAAUAUGCCAAUCCGGCACAAAUUUCAACGAAUCAAAUUGUAACAGGAAAUUGAUCGGGGCUAGAUACUUUUCAAAAGGAUACGAAGCUGUAAUGGGUACGAUUGAUGAAUCUAAAGAAUCCAAAUCGCCUAGAGACGAUGAAGGACACGGCACCCAUACCUCCACCACCGCUGCCGGUUCCGUCGUGGAAUCCGCCAGUCUUCUCGGCUAUGCUGCCGGAACUGCACGAGGUAUGGCGAUUCGUGCCAGGGUUAGUGCUUAUAAAGUAUGUUGGUUAGGUGGUUGUUUCAGUUCUGAUAUAUUAGCCGCCAUGGAUAAAGCCAUUGAAGAUAACGUUAAUGUUUUAUCAUUAUCUCUCGGCGGCGGUAUGUCUGAUUAUUACAGAGACAGCGUCGCCAUCGGAGCUUUCGCCGCUAUGGAGAAAGGUAUUCUCGUAUCUUGCUCUGCUGGAAACGCUGGUCCAAGCCCGUUUACUUUAUCAAACGUUGCUCCAUGGAUAACAACCGUCGGCGCCGGAACCCUAGACAGGGAUUUCCCUGCUUAUGUUAGUCUGGGUAAUGGAAAGAAUUUCUCCGGCGUAUCACUUUACAAAGGAGAUUCACUUCCUAAUAAAAUGCUUCCGUUUGUUUACGCCGGAAAUGUUAGUAGUUCAACAAAUGGUAAUCUUUGUUUGAUGGGAACUUUAAUACCGGAAAAAGUUUCCGGUAAAAUUGUUCUCUGCGAUCGCGGCGUAAAUUCUCGUGUACAGAAAGGUUCGGCGGUAAAGGCCGCCGGUGGGGCCGGGAUGAUCUUAUCGAACACGGCGGCGAACGGGGAGGAGCUUGUCGCCGACGCUCACUUGUUGCCGGCAACGUUGGUGGGUCAGAAAUCCGGUGAUGACAUCAAAGGUUACAUCAAUUCGGAUCCUAACCCAACCGCAACCAUCCUAUUUGAGGGAACAAAGAUCGGAAUCCAACCGUCGCCCGUCGUGGCGGCGUUCAGUUCACGAGGCCCGAAUUCAAUAACAUCCGAGGUUUUGAAACCCGACUUGAUCGCUCCGGGCGUAAACAUACUAGCCGGAUGGACAGGAAACGUCGGACCCACAGGUCUACCCGUUGACACAAGACGGGUCGGGUUCAACAUAAUAUCCGGCACUUCAAUGUCUUGCCCGCAUGUAAGCGGUCUAGCCGCCCUGAUUAAAGCUGCACAUCCCGAUUGGAGCCCCGCCGCCAUUCGAUCCGCCCUGAUGACCACCGCUUACACCGUUUACAAAAACGGAAAACCCUUACAAGACAGUGCAACUGGUAACCCGUCAACUCCUUUUGAUCACGGAUCCGGUCAUGUCGACCCGGUAUCAGCUCUGAAUCCGGGUUUAAUCUACGAUCUGGGUAUCAACGAUUAUCUGAAUUUCCUAUGCGGAAUCAAUUAUACUGAUUCGCAGAUAAACACCCUUGCCCGGAAAAACUUCACUUGUGAUCAAGGAAGUAAGAAGUAUAGUCUAAAUGAUUUCAACUACCCUUCGUUUUCCGUCCCGAUCACAACCCAGACCGGGUCGGGAUCGCCGGAGACGACGACCGUGAAGUAUUCUAGAACUGUUACGAACGUGGGAGCUCCGGCGACGUAUAAAGUUUCGAUUAAAAUGGAGGGGAGCGACGUGAAGGCGUCGGUUGAGCCGGAAUCGCUGAGUUUUAGUGAGGCGAAUGAGAAGAAAUCUUAUACGGUUGCGUUUACGGCGAGAAAUUUGGGGGCGGAAUCGAAUAAGGUUGUGUUUGGGAGAAUUGAAUGGUCGGACGGGAAACAUUUGGUCGGAAGUCCGAUUGCGGUUACGUGGACAUAGAAAUUAGUUAUAAUUAAUUACAGUGUUCUUCAACUGUAUAUUAAUUUGUGGGUUAUUUUUAAUAAAUAAGUUUAAUAUGUUGAAUCUUAUUGAUUUGUGAUGAUUGGAUCAUGUUAUUAACACUUGUAAAGUGUAAUUGUGGGGUUUGAUUCCAAUUAUGAAGAAAGCAAAUGCUCAUAAAUCAUAAUUAUU